CUGGCUGGCUGCUAGGGGCUGCUCAGUGCUUCUGCGGGAGAAGAACAGAGGCUGCUAUGGAGCAGGGGAAGCGUCUGGCCGGCCUCAUCCUGGCUGUCACUCUUCUUCAAGGUACUAUGGCACAGUUGAAUGAAGUAAAAGUGGAUGACAAUCAAGAAGAUGGUUCAGUACGUCUGACUUGUGACAUGAAUGAAAAAGUUAUCAGAUGGUUUAAAGAUGAGGUGGAAAUAAGUCCUGUAAACACAAGUAAAAAGACUUGGAAUCUUGGAAGUAGUGCCAAGGACCCUCGAGGGAUAUAUUGGUGUCAAGGAUCAAAGAACCGUUCAAAACCACUCCAAGUAUAUUAUAGAAUGUGUCAGAACUGCAUUGAGCUGAAUUUAGCCACUGUGUCUGGCUUUAUCUUCGCUGAAAUCAUUAGCAUUUUCCUCCUUGCUGUUGGGGUCUACUACAUUGCUGGACAGGAAGGAGUUCGCCAGUCAAGAGCUUCAGACAAGCAGACACUGUUGUCCAAUGACCAGCUCUAUCAGCCCCUUAAGGAACGGGAAGAUGACCAAUACAGCCACCUUCAAGGAAACCAUUUAAGGAAGAAUUGAGCCCAGAACUCAGAGUAGAUUUGCCUUUUCUGGAUAAAUGGAGUCAUACAAUAUGCUGUUCUGGACAUUCUCGUACAAGUCUUCGUGUAGACGUAUGUCUUCAUUUGUCUGGGUUGAUAUCCAGGAGUGAAGAAUUGCUGGGUUGUAUGGUAAAUUUAUGUAUAACAUUUUAAGAAACUGCCAGUUUGCCAAACUGGCGGUUCCAUUUUACAUUCCCACCAGCAAUGGAUG